AUGACUGGCUGCAGCAGCAAGAGCAUGGUCCUGGUUUCCCUGCUGGGGCUCCUGGCACUGCUCCUGUGGGGCACCUCGGAAGCACAAAGCAACCAGGAUUGCUGCCUGUCCUACACCAAAGUGCGUCUGCCUCGGUGGGUCCUGAAGGGUUACACUGAACAGCUCCCCAGUGAGGUCUGCGACAUCCCUGCCAUCAUUUUCCACACUGCCAGUGGGCGGAAUGCCUGUGUAAAUCCUAAGGAAGGCUGGGUGAAGAAACAUCUCCUUUUCCUGAGCCACAAGCUCAGGAAGAUGUCAGCCUGACGCAGUUUCCAGCAAGGACCAAAACACAGACAUGGCUGAAGAAGCCCUGGGUUGAGGCUCCUGGCCGAGGUGCUCGCUCACCUCCAGCUCUGGCUUCUUUGGAACCCGUGAACCUCUUGAGUUGAUUCAUAUUGCAUCGCUGUUUUGCUUGAGUUAAGCAUGUUGUUAAAGUUUUUAUUUUUACUAAUAUGUGUAUGUUACUGAUAGAACAUGAGUACUGUUUACCUUGAGCUGUUGUACAGAGUGUGAAUUUUAUUAAGUUUAUUGCAUGUU